AUUUUCGUGUACAGUGUUUUUGAUUGAUUUUGUCGUUCAGUGAUUGUGUGUUAAAGUGUUUUCCAUUUUCUGGCAUCCUUUGUGGUGAUUCUAACUGGAUUCUUUUUGGAAAUUGAGGCGCGCGCCGGCCGGUUCUUAUCGGGUGCAAUGCAGUUGCACUCUCAACUUAUUGCAGUUUUGCAUUCACCAAAGUUUCAUGCGCGGAAAGUUUCUAGUGUUUAUAUUUCGCUCAAAGAGGAUUGUAAAUGUGUUCUAAAGUGAUUAUUCGUUAAAAGUGAUAUGUGAAGCGGUUUCUAAAGAGCUGUCACAGUUUGCUGUGUUAUUUCGGUCAUUGACCGCCGGAAUUCGCAUCUCCCUUUAUACUGUGGUGUUGUUAGAUUUUUUGACAUAAUUCCGAUUUUCGUUUUUUAGGCUCAAAAAUAGUGUCACUUCACUACAAGAAUGCAAUGACACACGCAUUCGCUUUUUGAAAUUUCACCUUCACCCGGAUGGAAUGAGGAGUGCACAAUCCCAUUGUUUCACAGUUUCAUAUGUUUGAACAUCAUUUGUUUUUUUGUUUUUCGGACGAUUAGAGCGUUAUCAUUUUCUUCCAAAAUUACAAAAAUUACGAAAUAAAGAAUGGCGGAGGGCAAUGGAGAAAUACCCAUUGAAGAGGUACCUGGGAAGGACUCCGAUGUUGGCCGGACACCAGAUUACCGCAAACUCAUUGACUAUGGCUUGGAUCCUAAGGUAGCAGCCAAGCUCGACGACAUUUAUAAGACUGGAAAGCUAGCGCACGCCGAACUGGAUGAACGUGCGUUAGAUGCCUUAAAAGAAUUUCCAUCCGACGGUGCUUUAAGUGUUCUUGGACAAUUUUUAGAUUCAAAUCUCGAGCAUGUAUCUAAUAAAAGUGCUUAUUUAUGUGGAGUCAUGAAGACCUAUAGACAGAAAAGCAGGGCGGGCGUGCAAGGUGCGCCCGCGUUGUCUUCCACUGUUCAGGUGAAGGGCCCUGACGAAGAGAAGAUCAAACAAAUAUUGGCCCGGACCGGGUACACGUUAGAUGUUACCACAGGUCAACGCAAGUAUGGUGGGCCGCCGCCCGGGUGGGAGGGCGGUACGCCGGGCGCCGGCUGCGAGGUGUUCUGCGGGAAGAUCCCCAAGGAUAUGUACGAGGACGAGCUCAUCCCGCUGUUCGAGCGCUGCGGCACCAUCUGGGACCUGCGCCUCAUGAUGGACCCCAUGACGGGCACCAACCGCGGCUACGCCUUCGUGACGUUCACGACGCGCGAGGCCACGCAGCGAGCCGUGCAAGAGCUCGAUAAUCACGAAAUAAAACCAGGGAAGACUCUGAGAAUUAAGAUUAGCGUACCGAAUCUGCGACUUUUCGUCGGCAACAUUCCCAAGUCUAAAGGCAAAGAGGAGAUACUGGAAGAGUUUGGUAAAUUAACAGCUGGGCUCGUCGAAGUUAUAAUAUAUAGUUCGCCCGAUGACAAGAAGAAAAAUAGAGGAUUUUGUUUUUUGGAAUACGAGUCUCACAAAGCGGCGUCACUAGCUAAACGUAGACUGGGAACAGGUAGAAUAAAGCAGGUAUGGGGCUGUGAUAUAAUAGUGGACUGGGCGGACCCCCAAGAGGAACCUGACGAGCAAACUAUGAGCAAAGUGAAGGUACUGUACGCACGCAACCUGACGCAAGAGAUAACGGAAGACGCGCUGAAGGAGGAGUUCGAGCGCUACGGCACGGUGGAACGCGUCAAGAAGAUUAAGGACUACGCCUUCGUGCAUUUUGAGGACCGGGACUGUGCAGUAAAGGCAAUGCAAGAGCUAGACGGCAAGGAGAUGGGCGGCGCGCGGCUGGAGGUGUCGCUGGCCAAGCCGCCGUCCGACAAGAAGAAGAAGGAGGAGAUCCUGCGAGCCCGCGAGCGCCGCAUGAUGCAGAUGAUCCACGGCCGCGGCGGAUUCGAUUGGUGCAGCUGCUCGCCGGUGCUGCGCGGCCGGACCCCGCAGCCGCAGCCGCGCCCGCCCCAGGCGCGCGGCGACUACGAUUAUGAUUACGACUAUUACGGGUACGGUGAUUACCGAGGUGGCUACAAUGAGCCAUUUUACCGGUACGAUGAGUUCUAUUUUGAUUACGCGGGGCCACCGCAACCGUCCGCCGUCCGCCAGCCUCCCAACAGACCGCAACCGGCUGGGUCAUGUGGGACGGGCGGGCGAUGGGCGCGGCGCGCGGCGGCGGCGCCGGCCCCCGCGGCUGGGGCCCGUGGUGGUGCGCGCCGCGUCGCGCGUGGCCGCCGCACGCCCAGCGCCAUGCGUGGCAAUCCCCGCGCCAAGCCAAGUUUACCAGGUAAACGUAAACACGACGGGGGCCACCAGAACGUCGGGGGGGAGUGCAAGCGGCGGGUGGGCGCGGGCGGGUGCGGCGCGGGCGCGGGCUGGGGCGGCGGCGCGCUGGCGCAGCAGCCGCUGGCCAGCUAGCGCGGGGCGCGGGGCGGGCGCGGGACGGGGCGGGCGGCGCGGCCGGCCGGCCCCCGCAUUGGAGGCACUACAAGCUGCGCGGGGGAGCGACUCGGCCGCUGCGUACGCGCGCUCGCGGCCCGCGGAUACGUUCACGUCCGGUCCUCGCUGCGUGCCGAGAGGAUCGCUCUACUUUUUUCUAUAUAUGUGUUUUUUUAUUUGAUUUUCGAGUUUUCGAUUUUGUAUCGCAUCGAUCCGAAAAAAUCUUAAAGUAGGACGUUAUGAAAUGUUUCGAUUGUAAGUUUCCCGUUAUGCUUAUGUUUUUCACUGUCGUAUUAGCCGUAUAUAUAUUUAAUAUAUACUUUAUUUGAGGGGAGCGCGCGGCCGCGGUUGCCUGUUUGCGACCGUGCGCUCGGGUCGCGGACCCGUCGACUGUCUGUUUUUUUUUAAUACAUGUUAUUCGAUAUAUUUUAUUCCUGUGAACGCAUUUUGCGAUGUGAUGUGUAUUUUAGCAGUAAUUAUUAUAUUGUAAGGAGUUUGACUGUUGUUUUUUGACAUACUUACAACUUAGGAUACUUCAAUCGACGACUAGCGAUUACGGCUAAAAUAAAACCACCCCCUGUACUCGAACAUUUCCCGACUGUGUUCCUGCUUUAGUUUUUUUGCUUUAUUUUUAUUACAUAUUUCCCUUAAAAUACAUUAGUGUGAGGCAGUAGUAUUGUAAAGUUCAGGAUUUCUGUAAUGUUUAUUAUUGCUGUACUAAACUUUUUUUGUAUUCGACCACAUAGCAUGUCCAUACUGUUAGAACUCGACUUGUAUCAAUCUUGUAUCAGUUUAAUAUGUGGAAUAAAUUUGCAAAACUGUGUUUGCCUUAUUA